GUUGGAUUUAUAUAAUAAAUUUAUUUACAUCUUUAUAAACAUAAAAGUAAUGUGAUAAUAAUUAAAGUCGUGAAUUAAAAAACUAAUAAUAUAUAAAAUGUACUUUCCAAUGAGAUCUUUUCGAAAUAGAGGAUAUAACACAUUAAGAAGAUAUUUUGUCCUGAAACAAUUAAGAGGAAAUCUAAGAAAGCUUAGCUACGAACCAAGUAGUACUAUUUUAGGUAUAGAGACAUCUUGUGAUGAUACAGGUUGUGCUGUUGUUACUGGAAAGAAAGAUGUAUUAGGAGAGUCGCUUUUCUCACAAAAUGUAUUACAUUUGAGAUAUGGUGGUGUAAAUCCUCUUGUUGCACGAGAUUUGCAUCGAGAAAAUAUUGAACAAGCAGUAAGUGAAGCUUUAGAAAAAGCUUCUAUAAAUAUAAACAGCAUUGAUGCAAUUGCUGUAACUAUAAAACCUGGUUUAUUGAUUAGUUUACAAAUAGGCGUGAAGUAUGCUAGGUAUUUAGCCAAAACGUACCAAAAACCCAUAAUACCAAUUCAUCACAUGGAAGCCCACGCAUUAGUGGCUCGAAUGUUUCAUGCAAUAGAAUUUCCAUUUUUAGCUGUGUUAAUAUCUGGUGGACAUUGUAUACUUACACUUGUAAAGAAUGUAGACAAUUUUCUCUUACUGGGAUAUACUUUAGAUAAUGCACCUGGGGAAGUUUUAGAUAAAGCAGCGAGGAGAAUGAAACUAAGAAAUAUUCCAGCCUACUCCAAAUUGGCUGGAGGCAAAGCAAUUGAAGCAGCUGCAAAAAUAUCCAAAAAUCCUGAAUUAUUCCCAUUUCCAAUACCUUUAGUAAAAAACAGAGAUUGUAAUUUCAGUUUUAGUGGUAUCCAAGAUACUUUUAUAAGACAUCUUCUAAAAAAGGAGAGUGAACAUAAUGCAGUAGGAGAUAGAAUUAUUCCAGAAGUAAAUGACCUCUGUGCAGGCUUACAAAUUGUCAUUGCAGAACAUAUAGCACAUAGAAUAGAGAGAGCAGUGUUGUUCUGUACUAAAAAUAAUUUACUUAAAGAAAGUAAAACUAUUGUGGUUGCAGGUGGUGUUGCUUGUAAUAAUUUUAUAUUUGAAACUUUGACAAAUGUUGGCAAUCUACUAGAUUGUAAUGUAUUGAGACCACCUUCUAAAGUUUGUACAGAUAAUGGGAUAAUGAUUGCAUGGAAUGGUAUAGAGAAACUCAAGAAAGGGUGCCAAUUUCAUGAUAUAUCAUUAGAUAGUAUUGACCCAAAAGCUCCAUUAGGUACUAAUAUAAUUGACAAAGUGAAGGAAGCUAACUUGUAUGUAAAAGUGAGGAGAUUAAAAAAAAUAAUUAAAUAAAAAAUGUUUUUUACAAA